GCUUAUUCAACAUGAAAUUCAUUCUAAUUCUCGCUUGUCUGGCGCUUUUUGUGGCCCACAUUCAUGCUCAGCGGUGUCGCGGUCGUCUUCCGGCAAACAGGAAAGCUUGCACUGGUGGUCGCAAUGAGGGAACUGCCCGAGGUCGCAAUUGCGCAAGGAAUGCAAAUCGAAACAUGUGGUGGUACGACACUACUGACAGCACCUGCAAGACAAUGAACUAUCGCGGAUGUGGUGGCAACAACAAUCGCUAUUGCACUCGGGCGGAAUGCGAGAGGAGGUGCAGGCGUACAGCUCCUACUACUGCUGCUCCUACGACUGCUGCUCCUACCACUGCUGCUCCUGAACCUGCUGCAUAAUUGAAAGAAAGCCCAUUUGAAUAUUGAAAUAAAUUGAUUGAGUGUGCA